AGAUGCGGCGGCGCCGGGGCUGUCGCCGUGUUUGCUUUGAGUUGAGUCUCGUCCCUCCAGGCGGCUCCCUGUGCAUCUCGGAUCAUGCUGUUACCCUCGGAUGUAGCCAGGCUGGUAUUGGGUUACUUACAACAAGAAAACCUCACAUCUACAUGCCAGACUUUUAUUUUGGAAAGUUCAAAUUUAAAAGAAUAUGCAGAACACUGUACCGAUGAAGGUUUUAUUCCAGCCUGCCUACUGUCCCUAUUUGGAAAAAACUUGACAACAAUUUUGAAUGAGUAUGUAGCUAUGAAAGCAAAAGAAACAUCAAAUGAUGUCCCAACAAUAAUGUCAUCUCUGUGGAAGAAGCUAGACCACACACUGUCUCAGAUCAGGAGCAUGCAGAGUUCUCCAGGGUUUGCUGCCCAUCAGAGAGCUCGAACGAGAAAUGGAAUUGCGGAAAUCAAGCGGCAGCGAUGGCUGGCAUCUCAAGCAGCUCCCGUCAGUUCAGAGUUACUGGUUUUACCUUAUGCUUCAGGACAGUUUACCACUUCUCCUUUGGUAGCCACACAAGCUAUUAAACCAGCUGGCCAAAUUUCAACUCCAGCGAGGUCAAAUAUUGUGGUGGUCAACCAGUCACAGCCACAAAAUACUGUAACUAAUACAGCUGGCGAGUCUUUGAAUAUCAUUCCUGGUCCUCAGGAAAGGAAAACUCAAACCAGUUUAAUGUCUCCUGGUAGACGUAAAAGUGAAUCACAAAAGAAGAGUUUCACAUCAUCUGGACCGCAUUCAUCAAGAAAUUUUCAGGAUCCAAAUGCAUUUGCAGUAGAAAAACAAAUGGUUAUUGAAAAUGCAAGAGAGAAAAUAUUAAACAACAAAUCUCUUCAAGAAAAACUAGCAGAAAACAUAAAUAAGUUUUUGACUAGCGAUAGUAGUAUUGCUCAAGUCCCUAAACAGACAGACAGCCACCCGACAGAGCCAGAAACAUCAAUUGAUGAACUCCUAGGACUUCCGAGUGAAAUCCACAUGUCUGAAGAAGCUAUACAAGAUAUAUUGGAGCAAACAGAAUCAGACCCAGCUUUUCAGGCACUCUUUGAUCUAUUUGAUUAUGGUAAAACAAAGAACAAUAAAAAUAUAUCACAGAGUGUCUCCAGUCCACCUAUGGAGACUAAUCCUAAUAUAGUCUUACCUGAAGAAACUAAUCUAACAAUUAGAAGUUCUUUUGAAACAGAAGAAUCAGAUGGGCAGUCUGGUCAGCCUCCAUUUUGUACAUCCUAUCAAAAUGAAGAUGUAUUAUUAAAUGAUUUGAAGAGUGGCAACAGCCAUGAUGUUCUUCCACAGGAAUCCCAGGAAAACUUCUCCCAGAUAACCUCUAACAUUCAAAAAAAGACCUUUAAAACAGCCGUACCUGCUGAACAGAAGUGUGCCCUUGACAUUACCUUUGAGUCUAUGUCUAACUUGAGUGACUUUAACCAAAGAGGAAGCUCUACUGAAUGUAAUGAACAUUGUUCUGAGUUAUACACCAGUCAGAUGCCCACUGAAGCUGAAGUGGCUGUGGGUGAAAAGAAUUCUUUGUCUCCAGAUAUACUUAAUCAAUCUCAGUAUCAGCCUGAUCAGCCCAACGUGCCAGUGACUUCAUUUGUGUCUCUUGGUGGUGAGACCAAUGACAAAAACUUAAUUCUCUCUGGGAAAAAUCCCCAGCUUUUGUCCCAAAGUACUCCACUAACUGCAAAGCCAUCUAAAAGUCAAUUUUGUGAAAAUUCUAACAAUAUAAUAAAAGUUAAAACUAAUUCUCAUGGUUCUGAGUCACCAGAUUCUAGUGAAACUCAGAACAGUAAAAUUGAAACUAACAGUGUAUCACCAGUUGCUGCACAGCCACAACCAGAUUGCCAAGGUAAUUCUCCACUGCAAAGCAAAACAUCUCCUGUAAUUGUUGAAGGUUUAGGUGUAAAUGUGACUGAAAAAAUAGAAAUUCAUCUUGAAGAACCAGCCCCUUCAGAUAAACAGAUAUCUAAUGAUUCAGCAUCUGUUGACUUAAAUCCUAUGGAAAGCAAGACAAAGCCACUUCAGUCUGAGAAUGCUCAAGAACCUCCUGUGAAAGAUGGAGAUACUAUUUUUCUCUCUUUGAGUGGACAUAAUAGCUGUGAAGAAGUUGCACUGGUUCCCAGAGAAGGUAAUUCUGUAAAAAAUAAUCAUUCGCUUUCAUCAGAAUCUGGUGGUUCAGUGGGAGUCUCUCCUGAGACCCAAAAUACUGAUGGUAAACCUAGCAACUCAACGGAGGUAGAUGCAUCAAGUAUUGUCUCUCUCAAAAUUAUCAUUAGUGAUGAUCCAUUUGUUUCCUCAGAUGCAGAGCUUAACAAUGCUGUGUCUAGCAUAAGUGGAGAAAACUUACCAACGAUAAUUCUGUCUUCUAAAUCUCCUGCCAAAAAUGCAGAAUUUGUUACAUGCCUAUCUUCAGAAGAAAGUGCAAGUGCUGUUGUAUCUGUUGAAGUAGGGGAUUCUGGCUCCAUGGAGCAGAACCUUUUAGUGCUCAAACCUGAGGAACCCAUGGUGAACAACACUCAGAAUGAAGAUGGCAUUACUUUUUCAGCCAACAUUGCACCAUGUGUUCCUAAGGACGGAGGAUACAUACAAUUGAUGCCUGCCACAAGCACAGCGUUUGGCAAUUCAAGUAACAUUCUGAUAGCUACCUGUAUGACUGAUCCAACAGCCUUGGGACCAACUGUCAGUCAGUCUAAUGUAGUGGUAUUGCCUGGGAGUUCUGCACCUAUGACUGCACAGCCUCCUCUACAGCAGUUACAGACACCACCAAAGUCUAACAGUGCAUUUGCUGUCAGCCAAGCUGUGUCACCAAACUUUUCACAAGGAUCUGCCAUCAUAAUUGCUUCUCCAGUCCAACCUGUACUUCAAGGAAUGGUGGGAAUGAUACCUGUGUCUGUAGUUGGACAGAAUGGAAAUACAUUCUCUACUCCUCCUCAGCAGGUCCUUCAUAUGCCUUUAGCAGCACCUGUUUGUAAUAGAAGUGUCACUCAGUUCCCCAUUUCUCAAAAAUCCCAGAAGGCUCAGGGACUCAGAAACAAGCCUAUUACAGGAAAACAGGUAAAUAAUUUGACAAACUUGUCGAGUCUUUCAGAAGCAUGUCAUACGCAAAGAACUGAAGCUUCUGAUAAGAAUAUAGCCACUGAACUUGGGAAAAAACUGGAAGAUACCACGAUUUCCCUCUCAGCAGAGAGGGUGGCUCCUCCCAGCAAGCCUUUUGAAAGUCAUAGGCGGGUGCUUUGUUUCGAUAGUGCUGUUUCUUCUGUUGCAAACACACAGGGGCCACUGCAUAAGAUAACCUCCCAAAACAAAGAAAAGAAGGAAACCUCCAUUCCUCGUCUUGACUCACCCAUUCUGUCCUCCACCUUAAAGCCACCUCCUAAUAAUGCCAUCAAAAGAGAGAGAGAAAAAACUGUGCCCAAGAUUUUAUCUAAAUCAGAAACUGCCUCUAGUCGACACACCACUAUGAAAGAAGUUCAGUCUGAAAAGAAAGUUUCCCCCACAGAAAUGACCCUUGAAUCUUUCCAUAAAACAACGGCUAACAAGGAGAAUGAAUUGUGCGGAGAUGGGGAAAGGCCAAAGAAUCCAGACACCUCAAAACUGCCUGGCGGACAGCAGAAUGCGAGCUUGAGGAGUGAAAAAGCCAUAGCCUCACUGCAGGAAUUGACCAAAAAGCAAGCCACACCCUCAAACAAUAAAAACACCACUUCUGUAGGUGGGACUGUGAAGGAUCAAAAACAAGAGCAGAGUAAACCUACCAGUUCAUUAACUGGAGUAGAAAUACUGCAGGAUGUUCCAUUGCACAGCCCAGCGAAUAGGAUUGCCGAUACUGACUUGCCAGUACCCCGGACACCUGGCUCAGGAGCAGGGGAAAAGCAUAAAGAACCUAGUGAGAGUAUGAAGGCCCCCGCUAGUAGACGCUGUGCUGAAGAAGUCAGCAUCCCCAGAGUAAUGGUCCCUCCUGUCACUGCAGACUUGCCUGCCUGCAGUCCAGCCAGUGAAACGGGCAGCGAGAACAGUGUUAGCAUGGCUGCCCACACGCUCAUGAUUCUCUCUAGAGCAGCAAUUGCUAGGACUACAGCAACACCUCUGAAAGAUAACACACAGCAAUUUAGAACAUCUUCAAGGAGCACUACGAAGAAACGCAAAAUUGAGGAAUUAGACGAGUGUGAGAGGAACUCCCGCACUUCUAGUAAAAAUCUUGCAAAUUCAUCAGUACCGGUGAAAAAGAAGAAAAUCAAGAAAAAGAAGCUACCUAGUUCAUUUCCAGCAGGAAUGGAUGUGGACAAAUUCUUGCUCUCAUUGCAUUAUGAUGAGUGAACAAACACCCUGACAUAGAGACCAGUAGCUAUUUAAAACUAGUGUCCUUCAAACUGCGCAUAGGAAAUGGGAUAGAGACAGACUGCAAACAUGACCUGCACUUUGACUGUACUGAGGUUUCACUUUAUAUCUAAGUCAUGCUGUUUCUGAAGCAGCUUCCUAGUUUGUAAAUAGACUUUCAUGGAAUAUUUGUAUUUAGAAAAAAAGAACAUACACAGAAAUGUAAGUAAACCCAAUGUGCAAAACUGUACAGCUUUGACACUGUAUAUUGUAUAUGUGUAUAUUGUGUAAAAAUAGAGCUUAAGUCAACCUAAUGUUCCCACACUGUCUUGAUUGACUUCCUGUGAUGCCUGAGGCUUAUUCUUCUGGAGUAGUUUCUCGACUCCUUUGGAGGAAGAUGAUAAUUCUUAUAAAUUACCUUCAGCCAACAUUAGAUAAGCCACUAAGUAAAAAAUAAUAAUGAUAGACACCUCAACUGGUUAGUAAAAUAUCUAAUCAGAAAACAACAGUUUGAUGAUUUAUCCCCUAGUCAGUAUUUUAUCACCCUUCAUAAAUUUCAGUAAAAACUAUAUUUCUGAAGUUUUAUACUUUAUUCUGAUCAUCUAUUCUCUUUGUUUUAAAGAGAUUUUUAUAAACCAUUUAUUAAGUGUUCUGAUAUUUCACUUACAACUUUUUGAAAUCUUUUACAGAACAUUAAGUGGUUAGACUAUUGAGCCAUAAAAAUUUGAGUUAUGUAGUAGUCAAGAUUAUUUGAUUAUAUGUAAACUUUCCCUAAGCACUGGGGAUACAAAGAAUUGCACUAAUUCAUAGACUUUUUAACAUACUAGUGACCAAUGCACAUUUAAUUUAAAUCUUGUAUGUAAAAGCUUAUAUGGAGGAUUAUCUUCUGGUGUCUUUGAAAGUCAUGUCCAUCAUAAGAUGUAAAAAUGCAAAUCAUAGUUAUAUUGUAAUUUAGUUUACCCUAAAAUGGGAUGUGUAAAUAACUGUGUUUAUACAUAACCUAUAGAACCUUGUGUUCUUUAAAGUGUUAUAAAUAGUUACUCUCAAAAGGUCCUUAGGGGAGUGAGAGGUGCCUUCUCUGUGUUGAACUGACUCAUAAACAACAGUCAAGUUGGCUUAACCUUUAAAGGAAUGACAGAAAUUAUCAUUAAUACUUGACCGAUUGUGCCUAGAUAUUGAAGUGUUUUCUUAAGUUCUUACUGUUUAAAUAUCAGUAUAUUAGGAUUUUUUUUCUACGGGUGUAUAUUUUAUUAAAAAGUCACUUUCUUCAACCAUUUUUUGUACUGGGCCUUUAAGAAAUAAAUCCAUCCUACUGUAACAACAACAAAAACGUCUUCAAGAUAUAAAUUAUGUCUUUUUAAUUGCUAGAUUUUACUGUACAAAUUUAUAUUUUGAGAAAUUUUAUAUGACUAUGAUCUAUUCUAUUCCUAAGGAGCUAAUUAAGCAUACAGCUAAUGUUUACAUAACUCAGCUUGGGUCUAUCAUACAGUUAGGUUUGAAUAAAUAUAUUUUCAUUAACUUUA